GCCGGAGCUGACGAGGUCGCCGAGAAAAGCUCCGCUAAUGGGAGUAACAGUCUUGAUUUGGUGGCGGAGGGGGAGGAGGAGGAGGAGGAGGUUAGUAGCAGCAGCUUCGAGGUCGCGAGAGAAGAGGGGGUUGUUGUGAGGAGUGAAGUUGAGGUGAACGAGGAGUCGCCGUACAGUUCGAAGGUUGAUGGAGGAAGUAAAAUCAAUGGUGGAGUUGGGAGCAAGAAGAGGGUUGAUGAUGUUUGCUUGCCUCAGGAUUUGCCGUUACGGGUGGACUCUAGGUGGAGUGAUACCAAGUCCUUUGAUGCCAAGAAGAAGCUUCAAGCUUGGUGCCAGCUUUCAAAUGGGGACUGGGCAUUAGGGAAGAUAAUAUCUACUUCAGGGCAAGAGUCCAUCAUAUCUCUUCCGGAGGGCAAAGUAUUGACGUUGAAAACAGAGCGUCUUUUACCUGCAAACCCUGAUAUCCUUGAUGGUGUAGACGAUUUGAUGCAGCUGAGUUAUUUACAUGAGCCAUCAGUAUUGUACAAUUUGCAAUAUAGAUAUAAUCAGGACAUGAUUUAUACUAAAGCUGGACCAGUGUUGGUUGCUAUCAACCCAUUCAAGGAUGUUAAGUUAUACGGAAUCGAGUACAUUGAUGCAUAUAGACGUAAAUCUAUGAGCAGUCCACAUGUUUAUGCUAUAGCAGAUACUGCUAUCCGUGAAAUGAUAAGAGAUGAAGUCAAUCAAUCGAUAGUCAUAAGUGGUGAAAGUGGAGCAGGGAAAACUGAAACAGCAAAAAUAGCAAUGCAAUACUUGGCUGCUCUUGGAGGAGGCAGUGGAAUAGAAUAUGAAAUCUUACAGACUAAUCCCAUACUUGAGGCGUUCGGCAAUGCUAAAACAUCAAGAAAUCACAACUCCAGCCGCUUUGGCAAGCUGAUUGAAAUUCAUUUUAGCGUUACUGGAAAAAUUUCUGGUGCCAAGAUUCAGACCUUUUUACUAGAAAAGUCGAGAGUUGUCCAAUGUGCGGUUGGCGAACGGUCGUAUCAUAUAUUUUAUCAGCUUUGUGCUGGUGCUCCAUCAACUCUUAGAGAGAAACUUAAUUUGAGAAAUGUGCAUGAAUACAAAUAUUUGAAGCAGAGCAAUUGUUUCUCUAUUGCUGGGGUUGAUGAUGCUGAAAGGUUUCGGUCUGUUGUGGAAGCCAUGAAUGUUGUACAUAUCAGCAGAGAGGACCAAGAUAAUGUAUUCGCAAUGCUUGCUGCUGUUCUAUGGUUGGGAAACAUUUCCUUUACUGUGAUCGAUAAUGAAAACCAUGCUGAAGUUGUGGCUGAUGAAGGUGCACAUACUGUUGCAAGACUUAUUGGGUGUGAUAUUGCGGAUUUAAAAUUAGCUUUAUCUACUCGUAAGAUGAGAGUUCGUAAUGAGGACAUUGUCCAAAAGCUUACUUUAUCACAGGCUAUUGACGCGAGAGAUGCACUAGCAAAAUCUUUGUAUGCAAGUUUGUUUGAAUGGCUUGUGGAACAAAUAAAUAAAUCAUUGGAAGUAGGCAAGAAACGAACUGGCAGAUCGAUCAGCAUUCUUGAUAUAUAUGGUUUUGAAUCUUUCGAUAAAAAUAGCUUUGAACAAUUCUGCAUAAAUUAUGCGAACGAGAGGCUGCAGCAACAUUUUAACCGCCAUUUAUUUAAGCUCGAACAGGAGGAAUACAUUCAAGAUGGCAUAGACUGGGCAAAAGUGGAUUUUGAAGAUAACAAGGAUUGCUUAAACCUUUUUGAGAAAAAGCCACUAGGAUUGCUGUCUCUUUUGGAUGAGGAGUCCAUGUUUCCAAAUGGUACCGAUCUUACAUUUGCAAACAAACUUAAGCAACAUCUCAAUUCUAAUUCCUGCUUCAGAGGUGACAGAGAGAAAGCUUUUAGUGUUAAACACUAUGCGGGAGAGGUUGCAUAUGACACCUCAGGGUUCUUGGAGAAGAAUAGGGAUCCAUUACACAUGGACUCUAUUCAACUCCUUGCUUCUUGCAAAUGUCGUCUUCCAAAAAUAUUUGCAUCCAAUUUGCUUGAACAAUCUGAGAAGGCAGCUGGUAACCUGUUCAAGGGAAGGCUUAGUGUGGCAACAAAGUUUAAGGGACAACUGUUCCAACUGAUGCAAAGACUUGAGAAUACAACUCCUCACUUUAUACGUUGUAUCAAACCAAACAACUUGCAACUUCCUGCGACAUAUGAACAGGGCCUUGUACUUCAGCAGCUAAGAUGCUGUGGAGUUCUGGAAGUGGUUCGGAUAUCUAGGUCGGGGUAUCCUACAAGAAUGUCUCACCAAAAAUUUGCUAGAAGAUAUGGUUUUCUGCUUCUUGAGCAUGUUGCAUCUCAAGACCCUCUUAGUGUAUCAGUGGCAAUUCUUCAGCAGUUCAAUAUUCUGCCGGAUAUGUAUCAAGUUGGCUACACAAAAUUGUUCUUCAGAACAGGACAGAUAAGCGCUCUUGAAGAUACAAGAAAUCGUACUCUCCACGGGAUCUUAAGGGUUCAGAGCUGCUUCAGAGGCCAUCAGGCUCGGCGCUAUGUGAAGGAGCGGGUGAAAGGAAUUGUUGCAUUACAAUCAUUUAUCCGGGGUGACAAGGCACGUCGAUUGUAUUCCAGCAUGGUGCAAAGACAUAGAGCUGCAAUAGCAUUGCAAAGAAACAUAAGAGGAAGAAUUAACAGGAAAGAAUUUGAAAACAUCUGCGGUGCUUCAUUAGUUAUACAAUCUGUUAUACGUGGAUGGCUUGUCAGAAGGUGUUCUGGAGAUGUUGCUUUACUGGAUUCAUACAGGACACUUAUGGACAAGAAGGGAGCCGAAUCUGAGGAAGUAGUAAUCAAGGCAUCAGUCCUAUCCGAACUCCAAAGAAGAAUCCUCAAAGCUGAAGCAUCACUAAAAGCAAAAGAAGAAGAAAACAACAUACUCCACCAAAAGCUCCAACAAUACGAAACCCGAUGGUCUGAAUACGAACAAAAGAUGAAAUCAAUGGAAGAAGUGUGGCAAAAACAAAUGAGUUCUCUACAAUCAAGCCUCUCCAUCGCCAAGAGAAGCAUCACCACCGACGAAGCUCAGAGAAAAUCCGAUGCAUCGGUUGAACAAAGCUGGGACAGUAGCACAAGGGAAAAUAUCGAAUCAAGAUGGCAUUUAGAUUUACGAGGAGAACGGUCUGGAUCAAGAAUCAACGACGGAAGUAUGAGUCCUAGUCUUAGUAUCGUCAGUCGGUUGACAGAGGAGUUUGACCAGCGAAGACAAGUGUUUUUGGAUGAUAGUAGAUUCUUGGUUGAAGUGAAAUCGGGACAAAUUGAUGCGAGGUUGGAUCCAGAGAAGGAGCUUCGGAGACUGAAACAGUCGUUCGAGCUAUGGAAAAAGGAUUUCAAUCUUCGUCUGCGAGAGACGAAGGUAAUCAUACACAAGCUUGCAAGUGAUGAAGCUGGCAGGGAUAAGGCGAAGAAGAAAUGGUGGGUGAGGCUGAAUAGCACUAAGAUUAUGUAAAUCGUUCCUGAGUGUUUUUUUUAACAUGCAUUUAUAUUGAGUGCACGCAUAUUUAUCAAAGGGUAAUGUAUCUUGUGUGUUAUUGUUGCUUAGUAUUCUUGUGGGAUCAGAGAGAGAAUUCACGUAUCUCUGCCAAUUUGUGUAUACCGGUUGUAAAGAGUAACCAAUUAUUGGUGUAAAGCUUUGUUGUGAUGUAUUCAAUGCGGUCAAAAAUUCACUACGAA